AUGGUGAAGGAAUGGAAACGGAGUCUUUCUGAUCGCGAGGACUGGCAAAAGCGAAUUCUGACGGAAGCAUUCGCGGACGCAUGCAGCGACUAUAGUCCGCCAGAGUCGGAUGACGACUCCGUCGCCGUCGACGACGACGUCGAAACCAUACCUACGGUUGCUCCGGCUGUCACGGCGGAAGCAUCGACAGAUGGCAGUGUCACGGUCACCGCUGACGUAUCCACCUAG